AUUUAUUCUCCUAUUUGCAUAUUUCCCGAUUCGCAUUUUUUUCACAUCAAUUUUUUUUGUCAAACCCUAGAACGACGAACUAGGAUUACUGGGAUACAUGUUUUGAGCGAUCGAAAGCGAUCAAGAACUCGGAGAAACCGUUUUUUUAAAGAAAUUUCUCUAUUUUCAAAAGAUUCUGCUUGGAUUUGCAAACUUCAACCCAAAUGAAAUUUAAAAAAGGGGUUAAAGUGGAGGUAAUGAACCAAUCUGAGGUGCCAAUCUCAUGGAGGGUUGCUGAGAUACUUUCUGGGGAUGGACAUACUUAUGUAUUGCGAUUCGAUUCUUUGGGAGAAAGUGAGUCUCCGGUACAGAGGGUGCAUAGGAGCCUUAUCAGACCUUCUCCUCCUCUGGGGCAACAUACAGAGAGAUGGUUACCUGGGGAUAUUUUGGAGGUAUUUGAUGACUGCUCUUGGAAAGUUGCCAUUAUUGUCCAGACUCUAAAAGAAGAUUAUUAUUUUGUGAGAUUUGUUGGAUCCUCUCAUGAAUUUUGCAUUCAUAUAUCAUCUAUGAGAAGGAGACUAGCAUGGCAAGAUGGAAGGUGGAAUUGGGUGCCUAAGGUUCCUACAGAAUGUGGGAAAGUCAAAUCUCAUGAAUUGUCAAAUCCAGUUUGCUACAGGAACACGAGAUUCCCAGUGCCACAACCUGAUUCCUUGGAUAAAUUUCAGGGAGACACUGGAGAGGAAUCUCAUAUACUUCCUUCUAGGUCUCGAAAACGGGCAUUUCUGCACUGCUCAUCAACUACUGAAUCACAUACUGCCCACUCUCAGGACCUACUAGCUCUGGAAACAAAUAGCUCUAAACAAACAGUAGUACAAGAGACCUUACUGGAAAAGGUAGAUGAUGUUUCUUACCCAAGAGAAACACUGGCUAAAAAACAAAUGUGUGCCUCUUUUAAUAUUAGGUUGACUGGAUAUAACAAAAUGCACAGUUGCUGCUUUUCACCCUUGAAUGACUCUGAUAGUGGUGUUUCUUGCUCUGUUGGUAGUUGUAGUGUUACUAGUGAAAGUCAGGCAGAGUUUCCUUUCCAUUUUGUACCAAGUGCACUUUGUAGUGAUGCAGAGUCAGUUUGUUGUUCUAGAGAUGAGGAGGAAGUUUAUUCUUCUCCUCAUCGUCGGGAAGAGGAUGUAGCAGAAAGCAUUCAUAGAUUAGAGUUGUGUGCUUAUCGUAGUACUCUAGAGGCAUUGUAUGCUUCUGGACCCUUAAGCUGGGAACAGGAAACAAUGUUGACAAAUCUUCGCAUCACACUGCAUAUCUCAAAUGAUGAUCAUUUGUUGGAAUUAAAGAACCUAAUUUCUGCUAAAUCUUGCAAGUAUUAUGUCAGACAAUAGUUUGUAGCAGUUGGUUCACAUUUAUAAAAGUCAAGGUUUCAUUUUAACAUUGUAUCUUCUAUCUUGGUUAUAAAUCAUCUGAAUAUUUGGAUCAAUAGAUAGCUUUUCCGGCUACUUGAUUAUGUCAUUUUCGUUACUUUAAAGUGUAUAGAAGUAUUUCAAAGAAAUGAAUGUGUGUUUCCAUCCCAUGAUGCAAAUCAUGUUUUAUUAUCUCUUACUUUGCACCAUUGUCCCUAAGUGAGGUGCAAAGCCUAACAAAAAUAUGGUAUUUGUAUCCCACCUGUGCCCCUACUCCAACAUUUGACUUCGCACCCUAAUGUGGUGCGAUGUAAAAAAGUUUUUGCGGUGCAAACUCGAAUAUUUGGAUAAACUUGGGUUCUAUCACCAAAUUUCCCUUCCAUUUUCGCCUAUGGAAUGGGUCACAAUCCAGAAGAUUGUCUCUGGUGUCUAUUUCCAUUAUUCAUUUUUUUUUAUGAUGGCUAUAGCGCAGCUAGGAUUGUCUCUUUACAUCCAUGUACUGUGAUUUUCUUUAUGAUAUAAAAUAUGAGUAUGCAAAUAUGGAGAUAAAUGUCCAUACAAUUUUGCAGCAUAUAAAAUAUACCUUGUAUUAAGUAGCUUAAUGUGACAGUCCCCUGUAUUUACAGGGCCAACAGGUAGAGCCGUAGUGGCAGGUUCUCUUGCUAUCAGACUGUUCAUAGGUGAUGCUGGGGUUGACAGGCAUUCUUAGUGAAAUGAGAACAAAUGGAUAAUCCAUGUGUCCAAUUCCCCAUACACGGCCAAUCCUUGAUAUCACUUUGUUUUGAUGUGUUUGUUGCCAACCAUUUGUGUCAGGUUGCAGGUUUCAGAGGAUUUGCAGUAUGUAUACUGCUGGAUGGAACCAGAGGUUAAAUUGUUGUGAAAUUGCAUUCUAGUGUUAAGGCACUUGAUACUUUCUCAGAUUAUCAUUGAAGAACCUGCAUUUUCUUUCAAGGUUAAGGCUCCGUUUGUUUCCUAGAAAAUAACUUCUUGUGAUUCUUUUUAAAUAAGUUGUUCUGUCGAAAAUUGGAAACGUAAACUGCUGUAGGAAGAUGACUUCAAAUGAACUAAAGAAUAUUAAAAUAUUUUCCAAAGUCUAACUCAGGAAGUCUUAUUAGGAAAGUGGUAAUUUCACGUGCCAAACAUAAGAAAAACAUGAAAAUGCUUUCCUGUAAAUAAAUGCGAAAUGGAGGUUGAAGGUCAUGUGCGAAAAAAUAUCAACAAACUUAUAAACAUAAACAGAUCUUAUUAACUUUGUAACCAUGAGAGUUUUUUGACCCUUUAUCAUUGUAAAAAUACGAUGUACCCCUGGAAGUUUGGUGUUUUUUAGGUUGCAGUGUCAGCUUCAUAUCGAUGAAAUUCUUUAAAUCGGGUGAAAAGAUGAGGUAUCUUUAGCAGUUUCAUAACAUCUUACUAGUUGGCUUCUUUUUGUUGGAUCCAAAAUAUUCUUGUUUUCUAUGGCAUUGUUUGCUUAGAGGAAGAGAGCUGGCUAGCCAGUGAAUAUCAUUAUUGGUGACAACUUGGCUUUUUUUACAUCACAAACAGAUGAUGUAUUCGGAAGAAACUCACUUGCCUUGUUGACAACACUUCUCAUGACCAGAGGUUUGUUGCCCUUGCAGGAAGACUUGGUGUGGUUGAUGGGUUUUCUGCACCGAGUCAUUGCAAUUUAGUCCAAUUUUAUAAAAUGAUAUUCUUUAUUAUAAUACGUUUUCACAAGUUUUGGUUGAUCAUUGAUUUUGUUAGUAUCUGCUGUUUGGUAGUACUCAGUAUUAUUUAAAGAAAGGUUAAUCAUUGAAAUAUGCUGCCAUAAUCUUAUUAUUAUAGUUGUAAUCUUAUUGUUAUAGUUGUCGGUUGCUGCUGUCAACUUCAUUGCUGUUGUUAUUAUUUUAUUAAUUAAUAUUAUUAUUACUGCU